AUGAACAUUUAUGAUCCAAAUAGGAUUGGCCAGUGUGCAUGACAGUGUAAACAUAAAAAAAAUAAAAGCAAAAAGCAAGUGUCUCUCUCUCUCUCUCUCUCUCUCCAAUAUAUACUAGUUUUAUCCAUGAAGAAUCAAGAAAUUAAAAUUCCUUAACCAACCAAAGAAAGGGAGUGGAAACUGCAAUGGAAGGAAGAAGCAAGAAGGAGGCAUACUUUUGUGACAGAGGAAGCAUCUUCUCUGGUGGUGCAGAGGCACCUCCUAGUCCAAGCACUCCGCUUCAGCAUCCACAUGAGAAGAAACAGGUAUCUGUUGAGGAAGAAGAGGAAGAAAAUAAGGAGUCAAAGCAUGGUGUUAUAUUGGAUCUAAAUGUUUCAGGUGAUGAUUCUUGCAGUGCAGAAGCACUAGAACUGAAUCUCAUAACCUGUUUGGAUGUGGGCUCAUCAUCCAUUAGUGGGAAUUCUUCUUCAGAAGUCCCUCUUGCUUCUGAUGCUGCUGAGCCAAGAGUCUUCUCUUGCAACUACUGUCACAGAAAGUUCUACAGUUCACAAGCACUUGGUGGGCAUCAAAAUGCACACAAGAGGGAGAGGUCAAUAGCAAAGAGAGGCCACAGGUUUGGAUCACAGAUAAUGGCCUUUGGCCUUCCCUUACUGCAUAAUAACACCCACUAUCCGAGCAUGGCUUCCCUACCCCUUUAUGGUGCUACCAAUAGUAGAGGAGGACCUCUUGGAAUUCAAGCACACUCCAUGAUCCAAAAGCCCUCUCAUCAUCAUCAUCAUCAUCAUCAUGUGAGUGGAUUUGGAAACUCUUAUGCACACCACCAUGGUUGGUCAAGACCCAUCAUUGACCAACAACCUGGAAUAGCAAAACUACCGGUGGCUGAUUUUCACAGAACAAAAUCAGCAUUUUCAUCAUCACAAACAAGUGUUGGUAGGUUUGAAACGGCUAGCACCCUGAUGAAUUCUUCAGGCAAUAAGGAAAUCGGUGGUGCUGAAACUCGUUUGAAGGGUAAUAAUCAAGAAGAAAUGAAGCACCUUGAUUUAUCCCUCAAGCUCUAAACAAGAAGGUGAAAAUUCAAGAUUUUUGAACUCUCAGCAACCACAUCAUGGGUUAUAUCUAUAUAUAGUUAAGAUUAGUAUAGUUAAGAUUUUGGCAAUUUUAUUUUUCCCCCAGUGUGAAAUAACAUUUGUGUAAAUUUGGAUCAAAGUUCUUUUCUUGUAAAUGACUUGAGAAUCAUUGAACUCCAGUUAGGUGUUUUUAUUGAGUUUGUUGAUGAGUCCUUUUCUUUCCAUAAAAGUAAAUGUACCCAAACGUUCUUCUUUUUUUUUCUCCAAGAUUGGAUUGAGUAUGUGGCACCACUAUUCGCAUUUUCAUGUAUCACAAUUUCAAAUUUAAUAAUAAUGGAAAAAUAAUAUGGGAUAUUGCUACCUUC